CAAGCUCCUGCCAAAAAAGGACACGCUUGCCUUCAGAUCUGUUCGUCGUCUUACUCCUCCGCUCCACUUUCAUUUCUCCGAUUGUGAUUCACCGGAGAAUCGGAUACAUUUCCUGAUCGGAAUUUUAUUUAUCUAACAACUUCUCCGUCUAGAUUGGAUUGGAUCAAAUUUUGAUUCUGGCAAUUUCUACUGCUAUGAUCUGAAAUGAGAUGCAGCCUAAUCUGUUCCCAUUCGGCACAGUUUUGGGUAAUCCUUUUCUCUUCAAUGGCGGCGAUCUAAGCGAACUCGGUGCUGCUGGUGGCUUCGAGAGCUCUAGGGUUUUCUUCUUACUCCCUUUCUUAUUAUCCCAAGGCCAAGGGAUGGAUUUAUCCAAGGUUGGCGAGAAAUUCCUCAGCUCUGUUAAAUCCGCUACAUCGCUUGGACUCUUACCUUCUUCUUCUUCUUCUUCUUCUUCUUUCUCUGAUCGUCCUGAGAUUCCGGCACGUGCUGCAGCUGCGGCUGCUGUUGCUCGUGCUUUAGCUGGACUUCCUUCUGAUCAGAGAUUAAGUAUAUCUUCUUCUGCUACUGAGCUUAGCUCAAUAUAUGGAAACAGACCUCCUCCUCAAGAAGUUGAAGAGCUUGAAGAAGGGUUCUAUGAGGAGGAUUUUGAUCCAGUAAAGCAUAUUUUGGAGAAUGUGCCAGAUGAUCAAAGUGAGCUAGCUUAUUUCGAGAAGCAGGCAACACUGAAGUUGGUACAGCUGGAUAGAGUGGCAGAAAAUCUGUCUCAUCAUGUUAUGGAGCAUCAUGAAGUAAUGGUGAAGGGGAUGAAUUUGGUUAGAGAACUGGAAAAAGAUUUGAAGAUUGCCAAUGUCAUCUGCAAGAAUGGAAGACGAAAUUUGACUUCAUCUAUGAAUGAGGCUUCAAGAGAUCUUAUUGUACACACUCAUUCCAAGAAGAAACAAGCUCUUUUGGACAUGCUUCCUAUACUAACCGAUCUUCGCCAUGCAAGAGUAAUGCAGUCAACUCUUGAAGACCUUGCUGAAGAAGGAAACUAUUGCAAGGCAUUUCAAGUUCUAUCUGAGUAUUUGCAGCUGCUUGAUAGUCUAUCUGAGUUCUCAGCAAUCCAAGAGAUGACCCGUGGUGUUGAGGUUUGGUUAGGAAGAACUCUUCAUAAGCUGGAUUCACUCUUGUUGGGCGUUUGCCAGGAGUUCAAAGAAGAUAGUUAUUUAAUGGUACUUGACGCUUAUGCACUGAUUGGUGAUGUCUCUGGUCUGGCCGAGAAGAUACAAAGCUUCUUUAUGCAGGAAGUUAUCUCAGAAACCCACUCAGUGCUUAAGACCAUUGUUGGGGAGGAUAACAGUGCUGGCACCCAAUUUAGUAGACUUACAUACAGCGAUCUAUGUCUUCAGACGCCAGAAUCCAAGUUUAGGCAAUGUCUUUUGAGAACACUAGCUGUGCUGUUUCAGUUAAUAUAUUCAUACCAUGAGAUAAUGAGUUUCGCGCCAGAAACGAAGGUAGAAAGUUUGACUUCACCAAGUCCUGCAACAACUCAAAAGAUUGAUUCAGUGCCAAACAGUUCAUGCGACCCACAGGAUGGUGAUCUUUCUUCAGCUGUGAGUUCGGGAAGCAUACCUUCUUGUGCCAUUUCUGCGGAAAAGUCUGAUGGAAGUGGAACAUCCAGUUCUGUGCAGCAGGCGUCUAAUAAUACAGUAGAUGAGUCUAGGGAUUCUAGUGGCGAUUCACCAUGGUACUAUCUACGGAAAGAGAGUGCUGCUUUUGUCUCAGAAACUCUGCAGAGAGGACGCAGAAAUCUUUGGCAACUUACAACAAGCCGUGUGUCAGUUUUGCUAUCUUCUCCAGCUGCUUCUUCAACAAGUAUACAUCAGUUCCUGAAAAAUUAUGAAGACUUGAGCGUCUUUAUCCUUGCCGGGGAAGCAUUCUGUGGAUUUGAAGUUAUUGAUUUUAGGGAGAAGCUAAAGGGUGUAUGUGAAAAUUAUUUCACUGCAUUUCAUAGGCAAAGCAUGCAUGCGCUUAAAAUGGUCCUGGAGAAGGAGACAUGGACGAAAUUGUCACCUGAUACCGUACAAGCUAUUAACUUUGCUGGUCUUGUGGGGGAUGGGGCUCCCCUAAUUAUAUCAUCCCGCAGUGGCUCUGGUUCUUCCAGAUUUCCUCGCUCUAAUAAGUCAAAUGACUCAAUUGAUCCCAGUGGGAACAGGAGUGGAUUUUCAUAUUGGCUGAAAAUUGGAAACCCUUUCUCUGCAAAGUUAACUUAUUAUAGAGAAGAUCAAGAUUACUCUUCAGUCAAUGGAGCUGCUUCUGAGGAUUUUGAAGGGAAUGAUAAUAUGCACGAUGAUGUCGUGAAUCCCAAGAAAAGAGAUAAUAGGCGCAGUAAUGGAGGUAGUCCUGUUUCAGGAGAUGAAAACGAAGACCUUCACGCUGACUAUAUUGAUGAGGAUAGUCAGCUUCCAAGACGAAGUUUUACUCGCAAUAUAUCAAGGAGUUCUUCAAAUUUCAGUAGUAGUGAUGAUUUCACAGCUCAAACAGGAUCGUCCCUUUGUCUUCUAAGGUCAAUGGAUAAGUACGCGAGGCUUAUGCAGAAACUAGAAAUUGUUAAUGUUGAAUUCUUCAAGGGAAUAUGCCAAUUGUUUGGGGUCUUCUUCUAUUUUGUGUUUCAAGUAUUUGGUCAAGAAAAUACAAAUUCAGGUGGAAAAGGAGUUGCGGACUCUUUUAAUCAUCGUUUGAAAAGCUGCUUAUCCCGGAUAUCACAAGAGUGUGAGCAGUGGAUAAAACCUCAGUUAUCACCAUCUUCUUCACUUGGCUUUUCCAACACAGUUCAUAGUCUUGCAGACGUUACUCCAGCAAGUCCCUUAAAUACAACAACUGGUCACGUAUCAGGCAUAUCUUUUAGCCUCAAGGAAAGAUGUGCUGCAGUGGACACUGUUUCUCUUGUGGCUCGGAUAUUGCAUAAAUCAAAGGCUCAUCUCCAAUCAAUGCUUAUGUCAAGAAAUGGCUCUCUGGUUGAAAACUUCUUUGGUCAAUUGGUUGGUUCCGUACCUGAUCUGACAGAGCACUUACAUAGGACAACUGCGAGGAUACUGCUGCAUGUUAACGGAUAUGUAGACCGGAUUGCUAGCUCUAAAUGGGAAGUCAAGGAGCUUGGUGUAGAGCACAAUGGGUAUGUUGAUUUGAUGCUUGGGGAAUUCAAACACUACAAAACAAGGCUUGCUCAUGGAGGCAUUCCACAGGAGGUCCAAAACCUCCUACUGGAAUAUGGAGUUGAAAUAUUUGCGGAGAUGCUGGUCGAAGGUUUAUCUCGAAUAAAAAGAUGUACUGAUGAAGGACGUGCUCUCAUGUCAUUAGAUAUUCAGGUUCUAAUAAACGGGCUACAGCACUUUGUGCCAACAAAUGUGAAGCCGAAGUUACAAAUAGUGGAAACAUUUAUCAAGGCAUACUAUCUGCCGGAGACGGAAUAUGUACACUGGGCUAGAGCUCAUCCGGAAUAUACAAAAGGACAGGUCAUAGGACUUGUGAAUUUAGUAGCCACCAUGAAAGGUUGGAAGAGGAAAACGCGGCUAGAAGUCGUGGAUAAGAUUGAAUCAGCUGCUGCUUAGAUCAAUCCUUAGAAGUUUCAGCUAAAGUAAGGAAUGCUUACUUUUCUUUUUUUUUUCUUUCUUUCUGGUAUUGUUCUGUCUCGCUUUUGGUUCUUUUCUUUUGCAUUUUGUAUCGAGUGGUGUAAAUUUGAGGGUAGGCCCUUCUUAGUUUACUGUCGUUGCUUAUGGGUUGUGUGUAAAAGAUCGAUCCUCUUGAAGUUGUACAGUCUUGAAGAUGUAACACAUUUUUUCCUCCAUUUAAAUGCCUAAUUAAUAUCAAA